AUCAGUUAUCCCCAUCAAUCAGAUUUACUAAUAUUGUUUUAAACUUCAUAUAAUUAGUCUAUGAAAGGUUGUGAAGUUGAUAACCAGUGGAAUUAUUACUAUAAUUAUUACUUAGUAAGCACAAACUUAUAGAAACAGGUUUUUUUAUAUUCUUGACUAUAUCAUUAUUUUAUAUUUAAAUAUUAUCAAGAUUUAAAAUAUUCAUUUAAUCAGGAAUUGUAUUCAAAAGAUUAUAAUUAUUUGCAAACUUUUCAAAACACAGAAUUAAGUAAUAGACAGGAACAUGGCACACUCAACAGGGUCUGGAAACACUAUAAAAAGCGGUUUGAUUGAUUUUACGGCUGGUUCUCUCGGUGGGGUAGCUGUAGUUUAUGUUGGCCAGCCAUUGGAUACAGUAAAAGUUAAAAUGCAAACAUUUCCACACCUAUACAAUGGUAUGGUAGACUGUUUGAAACAGACAUUUAAAAAUGAUGGUGUUGUAAGAGGUUUAUAUGCUGGAACAACUCCUGCUAUAAUGGCUAAUGUAGCAGAAAAUUCAGUUUUGUUUGCUGCCUAUGGAUACUGCCAAAAAUUUGUUUGUAAACUCACUGGCACAGAGAAAGUAGAGCAACUAUCCACCAUGGGCAAUGCCUCAGCUGGGUUCUUGGCUGCCUUCUUCUCAUCAUUUACCCUCUGUCCUACAGAACUGAUCAAGUGCCAGCUGCAAGCGAUGAGAGAAGUUAAUGUGCAGGGUUCACAAACAGUUAUGAAGAUAACACCGUUGCAAUUAACACAACAGAUAUUUAAGGAAUAUGGUAUUCAAGGACUUUUUAGAGGUUUAGUGCCAACAAUAAUGAGGGAAAUGCCAGGGUAUUUCUUCUUCUUUGGGGGAUAUGAAGGUACGAGAGAGUUUCUAGCUAAGCCGGGUCAGUCGAAGGACGACAUCGGUUUCCUAAAGACGAUGGUAGCUGGUGCAGUGGGUGGCUGUGUUCUAUGGACCGUAAUAUUUCCAUCUGACGUCAUCAAAUCUCGGAUACAGAUAUCGAACAAGAAACAAAAAUUCCUUACAGUUGGAAUGGAUAUUGUGAGAAAUGAAGGGGCUCUGGCCUUAUUCAACGGAUUAAAACCGACACUGGUGAGGACAAUACCAGCCACAGCAGUACUCUUUGUGAUAUAUGAAUACUCAAAGAAAUUCAUGCAUCAGUCAUUUGGGGACUGAUUUUAUUGUUACUAUAAUCUGUGUAUAAUAUAUGUGUGUUAUAGAUUU